GGGGGGAGGCGGGCGGGGGGACUGGGCAAGCAUGAGGCGGAGUUAGGGCCUGAACUGGGGCAAAGCUGAGACUGGAGCUUACGACUGGACAGAGGGUUCCGCCAAGCUGAGGUUCGAGGUUGGACUCCACAAGCAAGAGUCCCGUGGAAGAACCAAGCUGAGAGCGAUGUGGGUCAGGACGACACUGACAAUUGAAAGAUGGACUGAGGGAAAGACUGGCUGCGAGACCCACGCCUGGGACAAAAGCGAGAGCAGCGAUAUAAACAGGUUACCCAGCUGGGAGAGAGGACAUCUGCUGGCUUGUGUAGCAUCCAGCACUGAUGCAUCUACCUUAUCUUCUGAAGGUGAAGGCAAGGAGACUGACAGCUGCUGCUGGAACCACAAGCAGUGUGCUGGGCACAUCAUCCACCCCUUCUCUGACUAUGGCCACCGCAACCUACACGUACAUGCUGUCAGCCACUGCGACUGUGAUUCUAGGUGCAAAAGCUAUAGGCCUGUUUCUGUAGCAGUGAUCCACCAUCCCAUCCACCAUGAAUGUGGGGCAGAUGACCUAAAUGAAGAAGAGGAAGAGGAGGAUCAAAGUAGGCCUCCCAUCCCAACUCAGGUGGGACCCACCACAGCGCCCACUGAACCAUGCACCAGCACAGUCACUGGGACCCCUGACUCAGCAGCGCCCAUCACCAUCUGGCGCUCUGAGAGCCCCACAAGGAAGAACCAGGACAUCAAGGUGAUCAAGAAGAUAAAGAAGAAAAAGGAAAAAGACAAGGAGGAGGAGAUGACAGAUGAGAAGACAAAGCUGAAGAAAAAAGUCAAGAAGGGCAAGUUGACUAAGAAGAAAAGCCCAAUGAAAUCAGAGUCUGCACCUCCAGACUUGAGCCGAACAUUAAGCCCAAGAAUGUUGGCCAGGAUGUCGGAGUCCAGCCCAGAAAGCCCAGAAGACCUGGAGAGUGAGGAUAGUUACAAUGACCUGGGUCAGCAAGAGCCCUCCAGUGACGACAUCGUAGAGUCAUCAUCACCCAGGAAGAGAGAGAAAUGCAUUGCCCAUGUCAAGAAAAACAGGGGAAAGACCUCACCAACCAGGAAAGUGAUCAAGAGGAAAUCUCCCCCAGUGUCCAACCCAAAUCUCAGUUGAGGCCAGGGUGCCCAGGGUGAAGAAUAAAUGCCAUCAAGCCUGACACUGA